CAAUCCUUGUAUAAUGCCUAAUCCUAACCUCAUUUUAGCUAUUUAAUUUUUAUUUAUUUUAAUCAUAAUUUAUAUAAUUUUAAAAAUGUGUCUAACACCUCUGUGUUUCGUUUUAGUGUUUAUAUUAAGUAUAACUUACGCACGCUAGUCAGAAGGUCACUCUUUUUUGAAAAACCAAUUCGAAAGUGUCGAGUUUCGGAAGCCAACAAGAAUGGAUUUCAAGGAGCCCGGUGACAAGGAACCACGAAUCGUAGAGACGGUAAACUGGAUUGCCAACGAAAAAGAUUUUUCGUACACGUUCGACGAGAUGCUCCAAUGGAUUGUGGAAGGUAGUCCAAUUCUUGAAAUUGACAAUGAGACGCACUUCUGCGAUUGGAUCGUGCUGCAGGAGAUUAUAGCGGCUAAAGCCAUGUACGACAAGUUAGACUUGAAGAAGCUGUAUAAGGCCAGGAAUCGAGCAAAUUCCUUUGAGAUGAUCGGAUCCGUGUUUUUUAUGAAUCGCGCCGCUUUAAAAAUGGCAAAUAUCGACGCGGCGACGAAUUUUAUUUUUACAAACAUUGAUCAAAGUGUGGAGCAUCGGAGAUCGUAUGCUCCAUACUACUUUGCCGAUGUCUGUGCCGGUCCCGGCGGUUUUUCCGAGUACGUGCUAUGGCGGAAGAAGUGGCUGUUUAAAGGUUUCGGUUUCACUCUCAAAUCUGUGCACGAUUUUGAGAUGAAUAGAUCUCGGGUCGUGUCGCCAGUCACGUUUAACUCGCAGUACGGAUUUUAUAAGGAUGGCGAUAUCUUUAAAUUGGAAAAUAUCGAGCACUUCGCGAAGAAUGUCAAACACGAAACCGAAGGACUCGGAGUUCAUUUCAUGAUGUCCGACGGGGCGUUUUCGGUUGAAGGGAAGGAGAAUCUACAGGAAAUUUUAUCGAAGCAAAUAUACUUAUGCCAGUGUUUAAUGGCCUUGAAGAUUGUUCGAAGUAACGGACAUUUCGUUACUAAAGUUUUCGAUCUGUUUACUCCCUUUAGUGUGGGAUUAGUUUAUUUAAUGUACAAAUGUUUCCGGAAGGUCGCGAUUCUAAAGCCAAACGCAUCACGACCGGCAAAUGCGGAACGUUACCUUAUUUGUUACGGUUUGCAAAACUCCGAGCAGACGGCGCUAAUACGAAACUAUCUCACGCAUAUCGCCCGUAGAUUGUCGCAAAUACACGGCGUUGACCGAAACAAUACCGUGGAUGUUAAUGGGAUAGUGCCGCUAACCUUACUCAAAGGCGAUGAGGAGUUUUUUGAUUAUAUCGAGGACAGUAAUAACAGAAUUGGUGAACAGCAAAUUGCGGCUUUGAGGAAUUUGGAAAAGUAUUACCAUAAUCCCGAAUUAUACUAUCCCACCCACCAGGAGCGAUUGAGAUUGCAGUGCCUGAAGUAUUGGAAUAUUCCCGAAUCUUUCCACAGGUUUAAACCAAAGUCGGCUACGGACAACCUCCUUGCGUCUGUAAGAUUUUGGCAAGAUCUGAUUAAUAAUGAAGCACACUUGAUACGAACUUAUGAUGAUCUGAAUAAGUUUUUAACGGUUUCCUUGAACUCGAAUGAAUGGUGCUACGUCUUAUCGGCUUGCACUGCACAUACGAACAUUUGUACUUUUUACUCAGCUAUGGACGACUCAAAUGUAUGUAGAUUACAGCAAUCCAAUUGGGUUAACGUUAAAAAAUUAAAGUUAAUUGCGGGUACAAUACUGUUCGGUGAAAUGGUGAAGGAAACAGUUGUAGAAGACAACGGUCGAAAAACAAGAAAGCGAAGUCUUCAUGUUAUUGACGCGUUACGUUUGGGCCACAAAUCUAUCGCUAAUUUACCCUUUACGGAAAGAAUGGCCAACAUCGAAGUUUACUGUCAAGCUGUAAAUCACGAAUCUCGUUUGAAUAACGUUCGGAUCCGAGCAAAGCGUAAAUUGGAAACAUUAACGCCAUCUGUUCUGGACGGCGAUAACCAUUUUCGCCUUCCCGUGUUAGGGUAUAAAAGUCGAGAGGAAAGUUAUCAAAUCAACUCUGUAUUACUUUUGAAUUCCAAUAAAGAUCUCACAUUUCAAAUAUCAUUUACUUCACAGCGGAUGAUUUUUUUAUCCAAGACCGCUGCCAACGAAAACGCUGACGGUACAAUCAAACUUGCACUUCAUUCGCUUAUUACUGCUAUGAACAAUUGUAGAAAGUUGUCUUAAUAAAGAGUCUCUAUUUUUUAA